AUGGUGAAGUUUGUAAUUGGCGAUUUCGCAUUUGUUGGUCUGGUUCUGAAGUACCCGAACAUUUUGAACAUGAAUUGGAAAGGGCCUUACCGCGUGUCAAGAGUGAACUCUGACUACGUCAUGGAAGUUCAGCAACUGGUGGAGCCGUACGAGACAGCGCUGCACCACGACAGCCGGCUCACGUUCUUUCGCGACGCGGACCUCGAUGCCCUCUUGGCGGCGCGUAGCAACGAAGGAAGAUAUGAAGCUCUGGACAUGUGGAAGGGGCUAAAAGAAGAAGCGUCUUGGGAACCUGAAUCCCAAUUGUACGAAGACAUUGCGGCAGUGAUGCGGUGA